AAAUUGAAUGAUUUCGAUCACAUUAUAUUUACUUCUCAGUGUAAUAAGAUUGAUAAGCAUAUUAUUUUAAUAAAACAAUGUUAUAUUUUAGGAUCUCAUUUUGGGUUGUGGAGUUUUAUUGGAUUGAAAUUUAAUGCAAUUUGGAAAGUUUGUUGCCACUGGUGUGAAGUUAGAAGAGAUGCUUUAGUACCAUCUCCAGUAAGAGGGUUAUGGAGAUUAAUGGCUCAGGGUGAUAAAAUGAUUACCUCAAUUCUUGAAGGUUCAAUUGAUACUUUUACCAGUAUAGCUGUGAUUUUGAUUGUAUUUAUUCUUGCAGUUGUUGGAACAAUUUUUCUUGCUGUCCAGAUAUAUGGUGAAAGCAUGCAUCUUGUUGGUGUUACAAGCAGCCUGAUAAAUCAAACGCUUGUCUAUAAUUCUGAUAUCCAAGAGUUACUACCUGAGAGUUUGUUAGAUGUCCAAGGAACAUUAGAUUCAAUGUUAGGUGAUGCAUAUGUGUAUGGAAGAGAAUGGAUUUCAACAUCAUUGAAAAGACUUAUUGAUGAAAAAGAUGAAGUAAGAGCUGCGGCAUUAGAAAAGCAGAUCUUGGAAGUAUGGGACAGAGUUUAUCAUCUUUGGGUUUCUCGAAAUGUUAGUGGACCAGUAUUUGACACUCAUCAUCAAAGUGCAUCAUUUGAUAAUCUCAUUGAUGGUUUAAAAACUUUAAAUAUUGGAUUGUUGGUUAAUUUCGUUAAAGAAAAUAUUGGAACAUUUAUGAAGUUGAAAAGACUUAUUGAUGAAAAAGAUGAAGUAAGAGCUGCGGCAUUAGAAAAGCAGAUCUUGGAAGUAUGGGACAGAGUUUAUCAUCUUUGGGUUUCUCGAAAUGUUAGUGGACCAGUAUUUGACACUCAUCAUCAAAGUGCAUCAUUUGAUAAUCUCAUUGAUGGUUUAAAAACUUUAAAUAUUGGAUUGUUGGUUAAUUUCGUUAAAGAAAAUAUUGGAACAUUUAUGAAGUGUGCAAANGCAAUAAAUGGAGUAUUUGCUGCUUCAUUUAAAAUGGCUGCAUUUUAUGGAAUGUACACAUGGCUAAUUCAUACAGUUUUUGAUGUAAAAAUCAUUUAUAUUCCUUCAGUUUUAGCAGCUUUAUUUGGAGCAGUGCCAUUUUUAGGAGCAUAUUGGGCCUGUUUACCUGCAGUUCUUGAAUUAUGGCUUGUACAAGGAAGAGUUGCAAUAGCUGGUUUAAUGCUGACAUUUCAAUUACUUCCCACAUCAUUUGUUGAUAGUGCUAUUUAUAGUGAAAUUAAAGGUGGUGGACAUCCUUAUAUUACUGGUUUAGCAAUUGCUGGAGGAGUAUUUUGUUUGGGAUUUGAAGGAGCAUUAUUUGGUCCAUUAUUACUCUGUUUUUUCUUUGUUGCUAUUAACAUGUACAGUUCAAUGAUGCAAGAUACUCCAGUGGAAGAAACAAUACAUCCUAGUAGUAGGCAUGCACUGAAAAGGACAAAUAGUCAAUGAUGUAAUCGACCACAGCUAAAAUAUGUCUUUGUCUCUUGCUUGGCACUGCUUAUCUUUUUGUUAUUGUCUGCUAGUCGGCUCUGUCUCUUCAAUAAAACUAUUGCCUGUAUUUUACAAAACUGCAAUCAAACUUAAAAGAAUAUCUCGCUAUUGCAUUCAAACUGCUUUGAAUAUUCCAACAUUAUGGAAUACAUAAAUAUCAAUUUCUAGUCUUAAUAUCGAUCUGAUAAUAUAAUUUCACUAUUUCAUACUGGAAUUAAAUAGCUAAUAAACAAAUAUUGUUUUAAUUUAAUAUUUAUUGCUCUACUUUGAUGUAUUUAUUUGUUAUAAAUUAUUUUUGCAUUCUGAUGUGUAAAGUGUAGUAAAAUGUAUAUUUUAAAAACUUGUUAUGAAUUUUAGUGUUUUGGAUAAAGUUUAAAAAAUUUAAUAUAUUGAAAGUAAUAUUUAUUAAGUUGUCUUUUAUUAUAUGAAAACUUUAAUGUUUGUACAUCGUAAUACACAAUACUUUAAAUCUGUAAAUGAAUAAAUGAUGCCUUUCUUCUGUGCCUCAAAAUAAAGCAUGUUUUCUAGUUUAAA